AUGAAUGAUCCUAGAGUGGAAAAAAAAAAACUAAUACGAUAUUUUAAUAGAUAUUUGGAUAUAAUACCUACUGUUCACCAAAGUUCAGAUGUUUAUAAACCAGGUUUGAUAUAUUAUUCCUUAAGCGGACUAAGCAUUUUAUAUGAUAAUGAUGGUGACUAUAAGAACUUUGUUCAAGAAUUUAAAAAAAACGGUUCUUCAACAACAAUUAAAAGUUUAUUUAAAAUUUUUGAUAAUAAAAAUGAUCAAAACGCAAUUGCUGGCUUUAUACCCACUUUAACAGUGCUAGAUACUAAACCAAGUAAUUUAAAUUUAUCUGCUACUUUUUUUUCUUUACUUUCAUUGUGCAUACUUCAAGAAAUUGAUUUUUUGAAGGAUAGUGAUAAAUACAAGAUUAAGAAUUUUGUAUCUAAAUGCCAAGAUCUUGAAAAUACUGGUGGGUUUGUCUCCUACUUAGAUAUUUUAGGCAAUCCGAACAAUAGACUUAGUGGGAGCCAAGUUGACAGUAUUGAUUUAAGAUUUUGUUACAUCGCCGUUUCAAUAUUAUAUAUUUGUGGGUGCAAAACUAUAUUAGAUUACAAAAAAUGGAUAGAUACAGAUAAAUUGUUGAAUUUUAUUUUUAUGGAUUGCUAUUGUAAAAAUACAGGUGGGUUUGGUAAUGGUGUUGAACCGCAUGCAGGUUAUACCAGCUGUGCAUUGGGCACUUUAAAAUUAUUAGGCGUAAAAUUACCGACUACGGAAAUGAAAAACGAUACUUUAUCUUGGCUAGUGCACAGGCAACUAACGAUAUUAGCUAACGAUUCCGAAUUAAAAACAGACUCUGAAUGGUACGACAGUAUAGAUUGCGGUGGAUUUCAAGGGCGAGAAAAUAAAUUUGCAGACACGUGUUAUUGUUUUUGGUGUUUGAAUUCAUUAGAAUUAUUAGGUGAUGAAAUGGAAAAAGGCUCGUUUAUGUCAUUGGUAGACUUAAAAGCAGUUGAAUCAUAUUUACUAGACGUCACACAAAAUAAACUACUCGGUGGCUUUGCGAAAAACAAUGCGAAUGACCCUGAUUUGUACCAUUCAUUUUUAGGAUUAGCAGCUUUGGCUUUGAUUAGUGGAAAGUUUGAUAGUGUUUUAUGUGUUCCUAAAGUAUGUUUGAAAUAG